GGUCAUGCACUUCAGGCAACCAAGCCUGUGAAGCAGCCAGCCAGCCAGUUUUAACCAGCCAGCUAGCCUGUCUUCUAGCCUGCUAACCAGCCACCCAGGAAACCAGUCCUUCGCCUUACUGGCCUGCUCAGACUGUUCCCUUCCGCCAGCCUUUUCUGAUCCCUGAUGCCACCAUGCCCAUCAUCAGCAAUGCCAACCAUGACUUCAGCAACCUGUCAGUCAGUGAUGACAGCAGCCUGGACCGUAUCUUCACUGAGAUACCCGAAACAGAGACAGUCAAGGGUGUGUACUACAAGAGGGUCCAGUUCAUCCGGGGCCAGGGGGAGCUGGGAGCGGUGGACCACCAGCUGCUGGCGGUGAUCAAUGUGGGGGGAAACCGCUACACCUUCCCCUGGAGCACACUGGAGGAGUUCCCCUUGACCAGGCUGGGCCGCCUGCGCUCCUGCUCCAGCCCAGAGGACAUCGCCCGCGUCUGCGACGACUACGACGAGGCGCGCCGCGAGUACUUCUUCGACCGCAGCCCGUCGGCCUUCCGGGUCAUCCUCAACUUCCUGGCGGCCGGGAAGCUGCGUCUCCUGCGCGAGAUGUGCGUGCUGUCGCUCAACGACGAGCUGACCUACUGGGGCGUGGAGAUGACCUACAUGGAGCGCUGCUGCAAGCGGCGGAUGUACACGCGCAUCGAGGAGGUGCAGCAGCACGAGAGGGUGGAGGAGGAGCGCAGGCAGAGGAACGCGCUGCAGCGCCCCGAGGUGGUGGAGACCAAGUACCGCAAGUUCAUGAACCGUCUAAGGGACAUGGUGGAGAAUCCCCAGUCCGGCCUGCCAGGGAAGAUCUUCGCCUGUCUGUCUGUUGUCAUGGUGGCUAUUACCGUGAUCAGCCUGUGUAUCAGCACCAUGCCCGACCUAAGGGAGGAGGAGGCGAGGGGUGAGUGCUCCCAGAAGUGCUACAACAUGUUCAUCAUCGAGACGGUGUGCGUAGCCUGGUUCUCCAUGGAAUUCGUCCUGCGCUUCAUCCAGGCGCCCAGCAAGCUGGACUUCCUCCGCGGGCCGCUGAACGUCAUCGACGCCAUGGCCAUCCUGCCCUACUACGUGUCCCUGGUCGUGGACGAGGAGGACCCGCUGGAGCAUGAGAGGCCCGGGGGUGGGAAGGGCUACCUGGACAAGCUGAGCCUGGUUCUGAGGAUCCUGCGGGCCCUGAGGAUCCUGUACGUGAUGCGUCUGGCCCGACACUCCCUGGGCCUGCAGACGCUGGGCCUGACGGUGCGGCGCAGCACCCGGGAGUUCGGCCUGCUCCUCCUCUUCCUGUGCGUGGCCGUCACCCUCUUCUCCCCGCUGGUCCACCUGGCCGAGAGCGAGCUCACCGGCGUGCAGGACUUCAGCAGCAUCCCGGCCUCCUACUGGUGGGCCAUCAUCUCCAUGACGACGGUGGGCUACGGGGACAUGGUGCCGCGCAGCAUCCCCGGCCAGAUGGUGGCGCUGUCCAGCAUCCUCAGCGGCAUCCUCAUCAUGGCCUUCCCCGCCACCUCCAUCUUCCACAUGUUCUCCCGCUCCUACCAGGAGCUGAAGCAGGAGCACGACCGCCUCAUCAAGGAGGAGUGCGCCGAGGCGGCGGCCGCUGCCGCCGCCACCUCGGGCGAGCUGCAGGACGUGGCGGGGGGAGGGGGGACGGAGGGCUUCCCGCCCCCCGGGAAGCGCCUGUGUUUGGACACGGAGAGCACGCGCUCGCUGGAGUCGCUGGCGGGCAAGGUGGAGGAGACUCCGAGCAACAACAACGGGCACAGCCUGCCGGCUGGAGCCUUCUAGAGACGGCGCUCUGCGACGUCCCUGCAGAGCGCCGCAGACGGACCCGACUCAACGAGACUCUAGUUUGCUGCUUCACUAGUGUUCCUAUUCCCUCCUCUCCUCCUCUCCUCUUCUCCUCCUCUCCUCCUCCUCUCCCACUCUCCUCUCUUCCCCAUGGACUUACUGAACUGUGACAGCCCUGUGCUGGUAUAGACCAGGGACAUACUCUGAACUUGAGAGACGUGAGAAGGUGCAUGUUAAGUCUGGGACAGGGCAUGUGCGGAGUGGAGCAGUGACCCAGACAGCCACCAAGCCCACAGCACAAUGGACAAGUUCCCCAACAGCCAUAAAUCAACCACACCCUCCACUUCCAUGAACAUGCAAUAAUAUUCCAACCCAAAGCUGUUGUUUCCAUCUCUGUCUGUGACCCUUCACCCAGCUUGGCCCAGCCACCAUCUAAUAGGGCUCUAUCCAGUCUCCCGCCCUCUUUAUAACCAAGACAUAAGGGGGGAGAACUGAUCUGACAUCUGACUUUUAGUUGUUUUUCUUGAGAAGCUUAAGCCAUACUGUACCGAGACCGUUGAGAGACUGUUGAUUGGUUCAAACGCUCAGUAAAGCCCACAGAGAGGCACGGAUGAACUGAAGCGAUUAAUCCUUCCUCCCUCCCUCGCCUGUCCUCUCUGGGUAGACAAACAGACAGGCAGAGAGGCAGACAGCAAGACAGGCAGACAGGCAGAGAGGCAGACAUGCAGAGAGGCAGGUAGGCAGACAGCACAACAGCAAAAAUGAAAAAAGGUCUUCCAUGCUAGAGCUUUCAAAAUAAUAGGAAGGAAAUGAGAUAGGGAGGUAGAUAAGGAAAUAGAAAGAUAUGUAAAAGAAAUAGAAGAGCCAUGACCAUAAAAAAAACUUUGUAAGGUUACAAAUAAACAAAUACUAGUAAUCUC